AUGCCAGUGCCCCGUUGGAAAAUAGCCAUAGAAACAGCCAUCGCUGAAUACAAAAACCAAACGGUAUUUCAGCUGGCUACCUUAGAUCCAACACUCCCAACCCCCCACGUCCGAUCCCAUGUCUUUCGCUCAUUCCUCUCCAGCGAAUUUAAACCCAACCUACCUCUCCUCAUCAGCUCAACGGACAUUCGUACCCCAAAAGUAACCCAACUCGCAGCGCACCCCGACGCCGAGCUCGCAUGGUGGAUCGAAGGUGUCCAACAACAAUUCCGCAUUUCAGGCAAAGUGCACGUCGUCCCUGCGCCAGGCCACAUCCUUUUCCGGCACUUUCUGAGUAGUACAGCAAGUGAUUAUGAAGGAAGUAGUGGGAUCGCGGCGUUGAAAAAGGAAGGCUUUGACUGGGAGGCGAAGCGCGUGGAGGCGUUCAAGAGUCUGGGCGGAAAAAUGAAAGCGACGUGGUGUCGGCCUGUUCCUGGUACGCGGUUAGAGGGUGGACAAGAAGAGGCGAAGCGUUGGCCUGUGAGUAUUGAAGAGCCAAAGGAGGGCGCGACGGAGGAGGAGAAGAGUAACUGGGAGAUGGCGCUUCAUAAUUUCGCGCUUGUGGUGAUUGAUCCCGCCGAGGUUGAUUUUGUUGAGCUUGGUGUGGUUCCCAACCGCAGAACGAAUUUUACGAGGUCAAAGGAAGGAACUUGGGGGGAAGAGGAGUUAGUUCCAUGA